AUGACUGCAUGCUUGAAGGAAUUGUCAAAGCUUUGUUCAGAGGUCCUCAACUUGCAACCUCUGGCAUCUGCUGACGACUAUGCUGAUGAGCUGCCUCUCAAUGAGGUUUUAUUGGAGGUUUUGAGCGGGUUCGAUAGCCAGGGUGGAUCUUUUGAUAGCGCACACAUCUCAGAAUACGUAUACGACAGUCUGGCUGCCAAAUUUGCCAACGUUGGAGAAGGUGAGGAUAAUUUGUGGGUAGAGCGCACCGAAAGCUGGAAGCGCAUAUUUGAACUGGAUUUCUCAGAGAUUAUUCUGGAAUUUACUAUUUUGGCCCAAAUACUGCUGAACCUCUCUCGCAUUUCUUUCAUCAAUGCCCAGAAAUUGGGGCGCAUUCCCGAGCUUAAGGAUGCACUGUGGGGGAUAAUCGCUGGGCAAGAGAAUCUACUAGAGGUAAAAUGCUUUCAACAAGUCAUCAAUGAGCUAUUCACACAAGUGCUCAACACGGGCUGUAGCCCUCUUGACCUCCAAGCACUUUACGAAGAGGUAAAACUGGGGUCCGAGACAGCCCUUAACAUUUUGAACACCCUAGGAAGCGCCAUAUCCGAUGCACAAUCUCAGAGCUUUCUGUUUUUUGACAAUCAUUACGAGAAGUUCGAGGUCAAUUUACUUGGAACGAAGUUUUCAAUACAGGUAUGGGCCAUUUUCAAUAGCGUAACGUCAAACCGAGUCUUCUCUUUGAAUGAUAAUUUAUUUGUUGAGAUACGACAGUCAAUAUUGUGCAUAUCUGAUGACGAGUAUGUUUUAUCCAUGUUUGAGAGCUUCGAAUUUUCCGCGGAUACCCUAUACAAUGUGACCAUGAACGUGGAUAACCGGAAUGUGUCUCUUCACAUUAACGGUACUUUUAUGGAAACUCUUUCUCUUCCUGAUAAGCCAUCAGAUGGAAUCAGAGUUUUGGAGCUGGGAUCCAUGAUAUGCUCUUUCAAACUCUUCAAGUUCUGGAUGUGGUCCGAACCUCUUUUCGAAACUAGUAUUAAGUUAACUAAUGAUUUGCCAUUGCUACAACUACCUAAUACUAAUGAUCAUCGAUCGAUAGAGUCCUCUUUUCAUUAUGACUCUAAUGUUUUACAAAAUGUGUUUGAGAAUAUCCAUACACCAGGAAUGACAUUCGGAUUAUGUGUUCACCAUACCAAACAACUGAACACAAGAAACCUGUUAAUCAAUUUGAAUCCACAGGAUUGGAUUGAUGAGUUUGGGGAUGCUAAAAUCACGUCACUAGCGUUAGAUGCAAACCAGGAAUUUCAGAUUCAAGAGAAGCUGUUAUUUUACCAGCAGCCUCAUUUGCUCGCUUGCUUCGAAGCCGUGAACUUUGCCGAUUUGCUCAUGGAGUUGAUACAGCACUCACAAGAAUUGGAGACUCUUUAUGCUUUAACGGAACAUUUCGUAAUUUUAAUGGACUGCUAUCAACUUCGAAAUUACUUCGAAGAGAAGGUUGGGUAUGAGUUUUUGGGAGCUUUAUUGAGCAGGGAGGUAAUACCACGCCUCGAGACCGGUCUAUCACUCCCUUUUAUGAGCUUGUUCUUAAAGUAUUGUGGGUGGAACGCAGCCAACCCAAAAAGAUCUUUAAUUAGGAACAUAGAAGCCUAUGGCUCUUUGGUGAUGAAUUUCGAACUUUGGAUCUCAAAAUAUUUUUGCCUUGAUUCUGAAAAGGAGACUAUGGUAGAAAUGGUGAGAUUUUUAUUUUUCCAGCUACAAGAAAUGCUCGAGAGUCCUAAACAUGGCCAUUUCAAUUUUCAACAGUUAAGUAAAAUCCAGCUUCUAGAGAAGAUAAUCAUGCAACUUGAAUUCUCAAGUUCGACGGGUCUGCCGGAAGAAUUAAUCAGACACGUUAAAGAAGAAAUUGCGAAUGUCCUGAGAGUGUUUAUAAAAUCAAUCUCGAAACAAGAAUUGUCUUUUUUAUUCAAUUUUGCCUUCUAUGAGAUAAAAGAGGGUUGUGAAGAACGUGCAGCGAUAGUACUAAGAUCUUUUGAUCUUGCAUUCGAUGGUGCUGAAGAUACUGAUGAAGAACAUAAAACCCUAUUCCUACUGGAGUCGAUUCCCAUAAAAACUCUACUAAUGAUGCUCUGCGAUGGAAAUUCAAUUGACGUUAUUCUGAACUCUUUAAAAAUUUUAGUGCGGUUUUUGAGGUCAAGCUCCGCCAGACGGUCACGAUUUGCAAAGAAUAAUGGAUUUCGAGUUUUGUUCAACCUCCUCAAAAAAGCAAAUUAUCGUUUUUUUAGAGAGAUCGUUGAAUGUUUGCUUACUAGUGCAUCAUAUGCUGAUCAUGCAGACUAUGGAGCUGUGUCUAACGCUGGGGUUCUAUUCAAGGAUAAUGCUUCAACGCCAGAAUUUCAUUGUCUCACUAUUGACUUGCUGGAGUGGGUAAUUUUGGAUGAUAUCAAUGCUUCUCCUUCUUUGAAAGUAACUCAGCUUCUCUCUAACUACAUUUCAACGCUGAGCAAGCUACAGGAAUCCGCCCCAGAAUUAUCACUAUUUGACGCACGGAGCACUGCUGUGCCCGAAAAGCUAACUGAAUUGCUUAUGACAUUAGGAAAACCUCAAAAUAUGGACACAUAUCUCGCCGAGAUUCAGCAGAUCACCACUCUUCUCUCGAAUAUUUUGCUACAUUGGUUAACACUCUCAAAUACAAGAGCUUUCUCAGACCAACUGCUAUAUUUGGCUAGAGGCAGAGGAAAUAAAGUAAACAAACAUUACCUGGAGCCAUUCUAUUGGAACACACCAUUUUUAACUGUUUUAAACCGCUUUGAGAGUUUCAUCCCGUCAUUUGAGAUCCUUUUUGAGCAAACUGAUUACAUUCUCCCAAACUUCGUUCACUUGCUUGAGGUGUUUACUAGUAGUCGAAACUUUACUGACCUAACGCUGGAUCACUACUUGAGAUCUCUCAAAGUCACAAUUUCUUGCGUGGAAUGUUUCAACAAUUUACGCUUAAAGAGCCAAGAAGCAGAGGUUUUGCAAACAUCCUUAAGCAAGAUUGCACUUCGAGCUAUCAUUGCUUUUUUGAAUGUUAUACAGCGUCACGAUUGUGAAUUACCACUACCCUAUGUCCAGACAUUCGUGGAAGUAAUUCUUACACACCAGACUGUCCUAUUUGGUCCCACAAAGCCCAGAGAAAUGCUUGACUUGGACUCCUCUGCCAGCAUUUUUGUGGGCCUAUCAUUGUUUUUAGGUCAGAGAAAAGCGGCUCAGUUUCAGUCAACCAUUUUAAAUUGUCUCCGUGUGAUUGUCUUGAAACAUGAGCAACAGCUCGGGUCACUAGCUUCUGCAAUAGAUCGUAGCAACAAAAACAUCCUUUCCGAGGUUUUAGUCUCGUCUAUAUCAGCGAGCGAUGAGAUACUUUUAGAUCAGCUUACAUCGAAAGAGAUGAAGGCUUUCUUUGAGGGCCUUGCUAGAAAGCAGUAUAGGAAAUUGUUUCGGAGAGAGUAUGAAAACGCUCACUUCUCUAUCCUGCAGUCGCCCAGCGAGGGAAUGAAAUGGCUUUUAAAGCAAAGAGAGACAGCAUUGGAAAAACGGUACGAUGAGAUAAAUGGGAUUUUCAUUACCUUCAAACGUGAUGGGAUGAGGACAAGUGACACUAUCAUUGCGACGGAAGAAAAGAGAAUACAUUAUUUUUGCAACGACAGGGAAGAUGAAUUUAUUUUUUUCAAGCAGCGUUAUGUGGAGUUCGAAAGAAGGAAUUUAAACACGCGAAGGGUUCGGAAGUCAGAGUGCAUUCCUUUCGAAUGGUCCCUGGAUUUUACAGAAGACGCCAGCCGGAUGAGAAAAAUGCUCAUUCCACACUACAAUGUGAAUAAGAAUUUCACAAAUGCACAAAAACAAGCAGAGAUGGGGCCCAAUCUACCUUUGGGUGAUAGUGGCGAGAUUGAUCACAGUAGCAAUGAAAGAAGGGCAAGCAGCACGAUAUCAUUCGAGAUUAUCAGUGAACUCGAUCUAGGACACUUAGAAAUUGCAGAAACUAGUGACAAAAAUAGAAAGGUUCUCAAGAUGCUAGAAAAAGGGGACACAAUCAGGCGAAUCUGGAAUUGCAGUUCUGUAAUCGGUCUCAAUAUAACCGAGGGGGUUUUAAUUUUGAGUGCAAGAAAUAUCUAUUUCAUGGCAGGCUUUUUUUAUUCUCUGCGGGAGUCGAAAGUGAUAGAAUUAAGAUUAGCACCUACAGCGGAGAGAGAUUCUACAAUAAAGCUCAUUUCAGGGCGCAGCAAUGAAGAAAACAAGGUGGACUAUGAGCAUGCUACAGACAGGUUAGAUAUUUCGCAAGUUUCUUUCUACCUCAAGCGGCCUUUUUUGCUGAGAGACCUAGCUCUUGAAAUAUUUUCGCUUAACGGAAAGAGUGCUUUUUACACAUUUCAUGACAAAAAUAUGAGAGAUGAUAUUUUCCAACUUUUAGAGAAACAUGUCAAGGUGUCAGAUAAGUCAUCGAUUCUUCACGAUGCUCUAGCUGAAGUGGCAUCCAAAAGUGAAAAUAUAAUUUACAAAAAUGGCUUGUCAGAUAACAAACUCUCGAAUAGAGUGGCGAAUGUAUUCGCUUACACCAAUUAUUCACAGCUCUCAUUCAAGGCUUUAAAUCUUUGGCAGUCUGGUGACCUUUCUAACUUCUACUAUCUUAUGAUCGUUAACACUUUAGCUGGUCGCACAUUCAACGACAUCACCCAAUAUCCAGUAUUUCCCUGGGUUAUAGCUGACUACCAUAGUGAUGAGUUGGAUCUAGAGAACCCCUUGACCUUUCGCGACUUGUCCAAACCCAUGGGUGCACAGACAGAACCACGAAGGAGUCAUUUUAUUGAAAGAUUUGAAGCUUUGAAAGAGUUACAGGGCGAGGAGUCUCCAUUUCAUUACGGUACUCAUUAUUCAUCUGCCAUGAUAGUAUCCUCAUAUAUGAUGCGGCUUUCCCCGUUCGUUGACUCCUAUUUGCUUCUACAGGACGGUAAAUUCGGCCAUGCUGAUAGACUUUUCAAUUCGAUUGAACGUGCAUGGUGUUCAGCAUCUAGAGAAAAUACAACGGACGUCCGAGAGCUUAUUCCAGAGUUUUUUUAUCUUCCUGACUUUUUGAUCAACAAGAAUGCUUAUAUGCUAGGAGUUUUACAAGAUGGCUCGCAUGUGAACGAUGUCGCAUUACCACGAUGGUCUAAAAAUGAUCCGAAGUUGUUCAUCGAGAAAAACAGAGAAGCACUGGAAUCCGCGUAUGUUUCUGAACAUUUGAACGAAUGGAUUGAUCUUGUAUUUGGUUACAAACAGACAGGGGACGAGGCUGUGAAUGCUGUCAAUGUCUUCAAUGGGUUGAGUUAUCCAGGUGCGGUGAAUCUUGAUAAAAUUGAUGACGUGAAUGAACGAAUGGCUGUCACAGGAAUAAUACACAAUUUUGGACAAUGCCCCUUGAGGAUAUUUGAUCAACCACAUCCAAAAAGAGUUAAUGUGCAGCUUAGAGCCUCGACAGACCAAUUGAAAAUCGGGGACGCUCCUGUGCUACUGGAAAAGAAAGAACCCAGCUAUGAGGGCCAUGCUGCCUGUAAUCGAGUAUUUUCGAGGCAUAGUUUCAACAAAUGUGUGGAGGAUGUGGUGACCAUUAUCGUCAAACGCUCUCGUUCACUUCAAUUGGGCGAAAAUGUUCUAUUAAACGCACACAAUUCCCAAAUAACUUGCAUCCAAAGUUACAAAUCCUACCAAAUUUGGUCUGGCGAUGAAUGCGGCCUUAUUAAACUUUGGUGUUACAGAGCAGAUGGCACCACGACGGCUAUAGAAGCCAGCUAUUCAUUUAUCGGACAUUUGUGUCCAAUUAAGGAAAUACAUGCAUCUGAUCAGUAUAAUCUUAUGCUCUCAUUAGAUGCAGCUGGAAACUUGUUUUCUUGGGACAUUUUGAAUAUGUUUGCGCUAAGAUGUAUAUCCCGCGCCGCGUGUCAUACAGCUCUCAACAGACACACAGGUGCCAUAUGUUACGUUGACACGAAAGGUGUUGUUUCAAUUUGCGAUCUGAAUGGAUCAACUUACGCUACAUACGAGGAGCCUAACAUCGUCACGGCAAUGGGUUUUGUCUCUUUCGAUGAAAGAGGUACUGAAAUUAAGUGGUUCGAGCACGAGAAGGAGAUAGUUGCGUUGGGCCUAAAAAAUGGCCACAUUGAAGUGGUGGCUUUAACAGAGGGAAGGAAGGACGAGGCGUGGCAGAUAUCCCGUAUCAAAUCGCUAAAGACUGGGGCUUCCUCACCCAUUGCACAUAUAGGUGUUCGUGUUUUUGGGUCUCAGGAAAGUAGUGAAAGCCGUGCCGAUGGCGCGUUAGUGGCGACAAAUGAGGAGGGUGCAGUGUUUACUUGGGAGUAA